AUGUUUCAUAUAUACUAUGUGUUUUCCAUAUUGUCAAUAUUUUGUUAUGUUCAAGGUUUACCCUUAGAGGUAGAGAAUGAUGUGGUAGAGAAAGAUAAAUUAAGGCCUCUCAUAUUAGGUCAAUUAAAUUUUCUUCAUACAACUGAUCUUCAUGGCUGGUUUGGUUCACAUCCAAAUCAAAUAAACUACAAUGCAGAUUUCGGUGACUUCUUGAGCUUCAUCGAAUUGUUUAAGCAAAGAAAUAUUCAUGAAAAUCAAGACUUAAUCGUAGUAGAUACAGGUGAUAAAGUACAUGGUACAGGUCUUUCAGAUGCCUCAACUCCCAUUGGGAUAUAUUCACAGCAAAUUUUUAAUUCUAUAGAUUACGAUUUCUUGACCAUUGGGAACCAUGAGAUUUAUACUCCAGGAACAAUGGAUGCUGAAUAUUAUAAUACUACAUUAUUACCCAAAUUUAAAGGAAAAUAUAUUUCCAGUAAUUUAGAAUAUAUCGAUAAAGAUGGUCAAGCCCAUAUCAUGGGUAAUAGAUUUAAAUAUUUUGUUACAUCAAAUUCAAAAUUAAGAAUAUUAGCUUUAUCAUUUAUAUCUCCAUUUAAAGAUUUAGUCAAAAAAAAUCCAAGAUGUAAUAUCAUUCCAUUUGAAGAAGUCUUAAAAGAUGAAAAUGGUUGGUUUGCUCAUGAAGUUUUAAAUAAGUUUAAGCCUGUAGAUCUUGAUUUAAUACUUGUAAUGGGGCAUUUACAAUUAAGGCCAACAACUUUUGAUGAACCAGAAUAUUUACAGAAUUUGCAUUCCAUUUUAAGAACUUAUUAUCCUAAUACUAUCAUUCAAUAUUUUGGUGGUCAUUCUCAUAUAAGAGAUUUUGUUAAACUAGACUCGAAAGCGUCUGCGCUUCAAAGUGGUAAAUUGGCUGAAACUGUGGGAUUUUUAUCGAUUAGCAAUUUCCCUACUGGAGAUCAAAAAGAUCAAUUACCAGUUUUUAAUAGAAGAUAUAUUGAUUUUAAUACAAAUUCAUUUAAAUUCCAUUUGAAUAUCUCUCAAGAUGAAGAAUUUCCAAAGACUUCUCGGGGUAUUAAACUAUCUGAUUUUAUAUCUUCAAUAAAUGAAAAAUUAAAUUUAACAAAAAUUUACGGUUAUAUCUCCAAGAGUUAUUAUUUUAAUGCUAGACCAAUUAAUUCAAAGGAGAAUAUUUAUAAUUGGCUAAUUCGUAAGAUUUUACCGACCUUGAGGAGUAAUUCCAUUAAUGAUGAUAGUGGUAAGAGAAUAAUAAUGACAAAUACAGGUGCGAUAAGAUAUGAUCUUUAUAAGGGUAAUUUCACUAGAAAUUCAGAAUAUAUAAUUUCACCUUUUCCCAAUGAAUGGUCAUAUAUAAAAUUACCAUUAAAAUUUGCAAUUAAAAUAAACGAUUUAUUAAAUGACGAAGGUCAUAUCAAAGUUCAACAUUUAGGACCUGUUGUUAAUAGAGAAAAUAGGAAGUAUGGUAUGAUAGCAACAUCAUCAAAAAUAAAAAUGAAUAUCGAUGGUAUAUUUAAAUCAUAUUUUCAAUGUCCAUUCAUUAACGAUCCAGAAUUAGAUGAUGGUGACACUACACAAGAUGAUUAUGGAUGUGAUGGUGAUGAUACUCCACAUAAUACAGUACGUGAAUAUAUGAUGCCCAAUGUGGUUCAAUAUGUUGAUAUUUUAAAUAAAAAUGAUCUUAAAAGACAUAAAAAUGAUGAAGUUUUUUUAAUAUUUAAUGAAUUCAUGAAUGAUAGUGUAUUAGCAGCAAUUAAUUCAAUGAUUAAUAAUAUUGAUGGAAAAUAUGGAUUAAAAGAUAUUAAAAAAUAUAGUAGUGAGAAAUUGACCAGUUUAAUUCGUCAUUAUGUUGAAGAUAAUUAUAUAGUUUAA